AGCGACCGGAGCGGGGAGGAGGACGGAGGAUCCGCGGGACAGUUCCGUUAAACGUGUCGAGGAGACGCACAGAGUCAAGUUAAUAGAGGGUGAGCGACGUGAGCACAGACCAGAGAGAGAGAGGGGGGGAGAGGGGGAGAGAGAGAGCGAGAGAGAGGAAGGAUGGAGAGCCAGAGGCUCGCGACUGUGAAGUGAGAAUCCAAAUAUAUUCAAGGCUCUCCAACACAGCAGGGAAACAUCUACUGAGGAUUUUAAAAAAGCUACAGAGUCGAACUAUUUGAUUUGGAAUAUUUAGUCUUUUCUGCCCCUUUUCUCGGGAUAUGUCUAUUUUAUUCUUCUAGUGGAAUUUUCCUUCUCUUUCACCUGCACGAGGGAGUGGAGAAGAGAGGCUCCAUCGUCCGGGGAGAGGAGGAGAAACAAACAAGAAGAGAAGAAAAUAAGAAGCGGUUGAAGGAGCAGAGUUCAGUCAUUUUUGGGGGGGAUUCUCUCGGAUGGGAUCCUCUGCUCACUCCGCGGAUGUAAGGGAUGAGACCGGGGGGAAAGCGCGGGGAGAGAGAGAGCGAGAGAGGAGGGAGAAGUGGAGGAUGUAGUCGUCGGGCGCAGUGAGAAUGCAAAACGGACGCACCCCACUGGAAGGACAGGAUUGAACUCUAAACCUGAGCGGAAUUUCCACGCACACAGAGGAUAUUAUUACACACACAUUCACCUAGAUACACGGGCCGUGUCCUCUUACCUGGAACCUACAUCUGUGUGGAGUUACAGCGGGGAUCACACUGCAUUCACCCUUUUAAUGAUGGCAUGUGGAAAGUUAAUUGCGCCCUGACGCGCGGUGGACCGAGGAUCCGUAUCUGGAGAGAGUGUGUGAGAACAGAACAUUCAGCAUCUGCACCCUUAUCCAUGAUGUUAUGGAUGCGGUAACAUGUGAUUCGUGAAGCAGAGUGUUAUCCACGUUUACAUCGCUGAAGGUGUGUCCAGGUAGGGUGGUGACCAUGGAGAGGCUGUUGCUCUGUGUGAUGCUGGCGGUUGCCAUGGCAGUGCGGGCACAGAUUUGCCCAAAGCGUUGCGUGUGUCAGAUCCUGUCGCCCAACCUGGCAACCCUCUGCGCCAAGAAAGGUCUCCUGUUUGUACCACCGAACAUUGAUAGGCACACAGUGGAGCUGCGGCUGGCUGACAACUUUGUCACAAGUGUGAAGAGGAAAGAUUUUGCAAACAUGACACGGCUGGUGGACCUAACAUUAUCCAGAAACACCAUCUCCUUCAUUACACCUCAUGCCUUUGCUGAUCUGGAAAACCUCAGAGCCCUACACCUCAACAGUAACCGGCUGACGAGGAUAGGGAACGAUACGUUCAGCGGGAUGUCAAAGCUUCACCACUUGAUUCUGAACAACAACCAGCUGGUGCUGAUCCACCAGGGAGCAUUCAAUGACCUGCUGGCGCUGGAAGAAUUGGACCUCAGUUACAAUAAUCUGGACUCAAUUCCAUGGGAGGCCAUUCAGAGAAUGACAAGCCUCCAUACGCUAAGUUUAGACCACAACAUGCUGGACUUCAUCCCAGAGGGAACCUUCUCACUGCUGCAGAAACUCAACCGGCUGGAUGUCACCUCCAACAAACUCCAAAAGCUACCACCAGAUCCUCUGUUUCAGCGAGCUCAGGUCCUGGCUACGUCUGGGAUCAUGACGUCCACUUCCUUCGCACUGUCGUUCGGUGGGAACCCGCUCCACUGUAACUGUGAGUUACUGUGGCUGAGACGACUGAACAGGGAGGACGACCUGGAGACGUGCGCCUCACCCCAGCACCUCUCUGGACGCUACUUCUGGUCCAUCCCUGAGGAGGAGUUCCUGUGUGAGCCCCCACUCAUCACCAGAUACUCCCAUGAGAUGAGGGUGCUCGAAGGGCAGCGAGUUGCACUGAGGUGUAAGGCCAGAGGUGACCCGGAGCCAGCCAUCCACUGGAUCUCUCCGGAGGGCAAACUGGUGUCGAACUCUUCCAGAACGUUGGUCUACUCCAAUGGGACUCUGGACAUCCUCAUUAGCACUGUGAAAGACACCGGCUCCUUCACCUGUAUCUCCUCCAACCCCGCCGGUGAAGCCCACCAGACAGUAGACCUGGUUAUUAUAAAACUCCCUCACAUCACCAACAACACUAACAAUAUCCAGGAACCUGACCCGGGAUCUUCAGACAUUUCCACGUCAACCAAAGCCAACGGGAGCAACGUGACGGGUGACGUCAAAGGCGGGGUGGAUAAAAGGGUGGUGACGGCCGAGGCCACGUCAUCCACCGCUUUGAUAAAGUUCAACUUCCAGAGGAAUAUUCCGGGAAUUAGGAUGUUCCAGAUACAGUACAACGGGAGCCAAGACGACUCACUGGUGUACAGAAUGAUCCCCCCAUCGAGCAAGAACUUCCUGGUCAACAACCUGGCGGCGGGUACACCCUACGACCUCUGCGUCCUGGCCAUCUACGAUGACGUCAUCACCUCCCUGACGGCGACGCGCGUGGUCGGCUGCGUGCAGUUCACCACAGAGUCCGAGUACAUGAGGUGUCAGUUCAUGCAGUCGCAGUUCCUCGGCGGGACAAUGAUCAUCAUCAUCGGAGGGAUAAUCGUGGCCUCGGUGCUCGUCUUCAUCAUCAUCCUGAUGAUACGGUAUAAGGUGUGUAACCAUGGCGAUGGUGGGAAAGGUGUCUCACUGGCGAUGACCAACGUUCACUCGCAGACCAACGGUCAGCAGUCACAGGGAUGCACUGUGACUCCCAGCUCUUCUAAACACGGCUCGAUCGGAUUAGACGACCUCUCAGGAGGCACAAAGAAAAGGAGUGUGGCAGCUGCAGAAGGAGUUGGGGGUAAAGACGUGAUGACUCAGUCCUCUGACUCCCCCCUGCCUGAUUGCUCCACAGCUAUGACAGUUCUCAGCCAGCCCUGGACGGCCAGAAGCCCAACAGGUGGAGCUGAGGAAAGGGAGAAAGCAGGUGAGGAGAAAGCUCAAGUUGGCAUCUCAUCACCCACCGCCACCACCGGAUCACUGCCCAAGACAAAGCGGAAGCCUGCUCCGAGUAAACCGGGCUCAGCUUGCUCAAACACCUCGGCAGCCGCUGAAAAUUUCCUCUCCUCCUCCUCCUCCACCGCCUCCUCUGUGCUCCUCCCAUCCUCCGUUCUAGAGAAUACCAACCGCAACAACUCCACCUGUCUCAUCCAAACCCCGCCUCUCUUUGUCCCUUACUCCACACCAAGCCCUGUCCCUUCUACCCGGUUUAGAGAUACACCCAUUCUGCGCCGGGCACCACGCGCCGCCGCCGCCGUCGCCUCCUCCUCCUCCUCCGCCACUGCCUUCUCCUCCGCCAAGUACCAGACUCUCCCUGCAGAGCAGGGAGGGAGGAGCAGGGCGAGGAGGAGGUACUCGCUCAGUGAAGGAGGUUCAAAGACUUACUCGUCCCAUCAGGGAGGAGGCGCGCCCAAAUUAGGGCGCAUAAUGCGCAACAAAAGGAGCCAAUCAAUGAGCGGGAUGCUGCUCCCCAAAGACAGGGACGGAGACUCGGACAAGGGGAGGUGUGAUUCAGACUGGAUCUUAGAAAGCACAGUGUGAACACACUAAAGUUUAUCCAUUAUUGUUUCUCUUUUGUAUGACUGUAUGUUUGACUCUGUGUGUGUGUGUGUGUGUGUGAAGGCGUGUCCGACAUGUUUUUGAUGUUUAGAAUGUGCUUUUCUUUGGCGUGGUGUGGUGUGAUGCUGUGUGAACAUGUGUUCAUGUUAGUCAUGGCUGAAUGAGUGUGUCUUCUGUGUUCAUAACGUUUCAUUUUUCAACCUUUUUUUU